AUGUCUUCCCCCACCGCAUCUCCUCACUCGGCUGCCGUUUCUCAUCUUGAUGUCGCCUCUAAAGAUGAGCCCGUCGCGCUAGGCCGUUUGCUCGAAGUCUCUACUGCGAUCUUGCGUCAAGCCGUCGACCUCGUGGACAACAGCUUGACAUCCGACGAGCAGCUCACGACGCACUCCAACUACAUUCCAGGCUCUACAAUCGGGAAGCAUCUCAGGCACGCAAGAGAUCAUUUCGCCCUCCUACUAGAUGUGAUCUCCGAGCCCGCCCCUCAUGUCUUGAAUUACGACAAAAGGUCGCGAAACACCCCCAUGGAGACCAGUCGGACCGCAGCUCGAGAGACUUUGAAUGAUUGUAUCGCAAGGCUGCAGGAGGUGGUACCGCAGGCGAGGAUGGGGCAACCAAUCACCCUCCAUGCUGUUACUCCUUACCCGCAGGUCAUGGGAACCACAUUUGGCAGAGAGCUUUGGUUCGCGGGGCUUCAUGCCAUUCAUCAUUGGAGUAUGGUGCGAGUGAUUGCAGGAGAACUUGGCAUCCAGAUGGAGGAGUCGUUUGGUUUCGCGCCCUCAACAUUGGUACAUAUGGAGUCGAAGGCGAAAAUAUGA